UACGUCAUCAUCCAACAAUGAGAGAGAGAGAGAGUGCGACUGUUGGCCAUCGUCAUCAUCCAUCCAUUCACCCGCCUCUCUCCCCCCUUUACCGAGUCAACUCUCUGUCUCUCUCUCUCAACCAAUUGACCUCGUCUAUAUUCCUACUACUGCAUCCAUCUGCCAAACACCAAGUUCAGACCCACUUCAACCACUAUGAAGUUCUCCAAGGCGGUGUUGUACACCGUCCUGGCAUUCGGGUUAGGUGCAGACGCAAAAUUGUUCGGAAAGGACAAACCCAUCUACGAAGAUUGGUCACUCCAAGAAUCUCUCGAUUUCCUCAAAGCUCAAGGCGCAAAGAUUCGUGACUCGAAAGACCUCCAAAAGGUUCAGGCUCAAGUGGCAGAAUAUGCCGAUGCAGCUGCUGUCUGGGGAGCCCGGGGAGCCGGAGCGGGACAAGCCUACUUCGAGGCUGGUUCUAAUGCUGCCAUGGAUGCGUGGUCCGAGAGCCAAUUGAGAGAAUGGCUCCUUGAAAAGGGUGUCGUAUCUCCUUCUUCGACCCGAGAGCAGCUCCUUGUUCUUGCCAAGCAAAAGGCGUCUGCCGUAUCCACUGCCAUUUACGGUCACCCCACCGACCAAGCCGCUUCCUCGAUCUCGUCAGCUUACCAAGCUGCAGCUUCUCAAGCUACUUGGGCCACCAACCAAGCCUCCAAGAAGUUUGACGAUGCCAAAGACUACAUAUUCUCUACUUGGGAUGACAACCAGCUCCGAACCUGGCUCGAGGAACACAACGUCAUCUCUACUCCUGCUCCCACUGGCCGAGCUGCUCUCCUCAACAAUGUCCGAGUAGCUUACCUCAAGGCUACUGACCCGAUCUAUGAAGCUUGGUCUACUAGCUCCAUUCAUGACUGGCUCGUUGCACACGGGAUUGUUCACCCAGAGCCUACCGCUCGAGACAAGCUUCUCGAACUCAUGCGAAACAACUACUUUGACGCAAAGGACACUGCUUACUCGACCUGGAAGGAGAGCGACAUGCGAGACUGGCUCAUCUCAGAGGGUGUCAUCAAGAGUGAAGCCGCCACCUUGAAGAAGGAGAAAUACGAAAAGCUCCUCGAUGAACACUAUACUCGUGCCAAAUCCACGGUCUGGGGAGGUUGGUACGACUCAGAGAUGCGAGCUUGGCUCGUCGACCAUGGUAUCGUCAAGUCUGACUUCCAGGCCAAGCGAGAGGAGCUCGUCGACCUCAUGUCAAAGAACUACAAGGAUGCUACAUCUGCACCUUACCUCGCCUGGCCUGAUGCCCGUCUCCGAGCUCAGCUCAGAUCCUACGGUAUCGACGACACCAAGUUCUCUUCCCGACCCUCGUUGAUCCACGAAGUCCGAAUUCACUACGUUCAGGCUUCGAACAAGGUUGAGCAGAUCCUCGCAUCCAUCCGAGAGACCCUCUCCAGCGGCAUCGAGUUCGCGGAAGACAAACUCUCUAAGGUUCUUGAGCUUCUCACUUCGCCCAAAUGGAGUCUUGAGGAGAAGUUUGAGCACGCCAAAUCUUCCGUUUCGUCUGCAAUGGUCGCUGCAAGCAGCUCUGCCAUCUCAUACGCCGAAUGGGCAGGUGCCAGUGCUACCUCUGCCGCGUCGGUCGCCUCAGUCAGCGGACAGUCUUACGCCUCUAGCGCGUCUGCCUCCGCCAUUUCGGCUGCUUCCUCCAUCUCCAAGUCGCUCUACUCUGCUGCGUCGUCCGCUUCCAGUCUCGCCUCGAAGUCUGCCAACGACCCAUCGUUGAGCAGUGCCGCUUCCGCCGCUAGCAAAUCGGCCCACUCUGCCGCGUCUUACGCUUCGUCCUCUGCUUCAUCGCUCGCUUCGUCCCUCUCCUCCGCCGCUUCCGUGACUGCUCACUCUGGCUCCCUCUCCGCUUCUUCCCUUUCCAAAUCCUUGUCGAGCUCUGCCCACUCGGCGGCAUCGCGAGCCUCGUCCUCGGCUUCGAGUGCUCUCAGCAGCUUGUCAAGCUCUUACUCUGUGGCCAGCAAGAUGGCAUCGGCCAGUAUCUCCCGAGCCAGCGUCAGCGCCAGCUCAUACUCCAAGAAGCUCGCUGCGGAAAGUGCUGCUGCGAGCAAGAGAGCAAAGAAGGAAUUGUAAGCGAGUGAUUGAGAGACAAAGGAUAGAAGAGAGAGAAAUUCGAGUAGAGCGUGAGGAAGAAGGAUUGCACGGCGGUGGAUGAGGAAGAAGGACAGACAGACCGGCGCGAAUUAACUCGAGGGGUUAACCUUACACCUCUUCCAUUCUCCGAACCACUGUAGAUUAAAAAUUCACCCCAACCAGCCAGCCCAUCCACUGGAAACCUUACAAAACGACAGAACCUUACUUGACGAUGUUUCUAUACUUUCGAUUCUGAGAGACAAUGAUGCAUCACAAUGUCUACG